GUCGCGCGCGCGACAACGCCGCUGCAGGGGAGGCGGCGGGCGGUCCGUGUGUCGGUUCCCGGCGCGGCUUCUUCCCUCGUCCAGGCGGGGGGCGUCGAGGGGUGCGAUGGCGAAGACCGUGGCCUAUUUCUACGACCCGGAUGUUGGCAACUUUCACUACGGGGCUGGACAUCCCAUGAAACCUCAUCGCCUGGCGCUUACCCACAGUCUGGUGCUGCACUACGGACUCUACAAGAAGAUGAUUGUAUUUAAGCCAUACCAAGCAUCCCAGCACGAUAUGUGCCGUUUUCACUCAGAAGAUUACAUUGAUUUCCUUCAGAGGGUCAGUCCAAACAACAUGCAAGGAUUCACCAAGAGCCUCAAUGCUUUCAAUGUGGGGGAUGACUGUCCAGUCUUCCCAGGGCUUUUUGAAUUUUGCUCUCGCUACACGGGAGCCUCCUUGCAAGGAGCAACACAGCUGAACAACAAGAUUUGCGAUAUUGCGAUAAACUGGGCAGGGGGCCUGCACCACGCCAAGAAGUUUGAGGCGUCUGGUUUUUGUUACGUGAACGACAUCGUCAUUGGCAUUUUGGAGCUUCUCAAGUAUCACCCACGGGUCCUGUACAUUGAUAUUGAUAUUCAUCAUGGAGACGGUGUUCAAGAGGCUUUUUAUUUGACGGACCGGGUCAUGACGGUGUCUUUCCACAAAUAUGGAAACUACUUCUUCCCUGGUACAGGUGACAUGUAUGAAGUCGGGGCAGAGAGUGGCCGCUAUUACUGCCUGAAUGUGCCUUUGCGCGACGGAAUCGAUGACCAAAGUUACAAACACCUUUUCCAGCCAGUCAUUAAUCAAGUAAUAGACUUCUACCAGCCCACCUGCAUCGUGCUACAGUGUGGUGCUGACUCACUUGGUUGUGAUCGUCUGGGUUGCUUUAACCUCAGUAUAAGAGGACAUGGUGAGUGUGUGGAGUAUGUCAAGAGUUUCAACAUCCCUCUGCUGGUGUUGGGAGGUGGCGGCUACACGGUUCGCAACGUGGCCCGGUGCUGGACCUAUGAGACAUCGCUGCUUGUGGACGAAGCCAUUAGCGAGGAGCUCCCAUACAGCGAAUACUUUGAAUACUUCGCCCCUGACUUUACCCUUCAUCCUGACGUCAGCACUAGAAUUGAAAAUCAGAACUCAAGGCAGUACUUAGAUCAAAUCCGGCAGACCAUCUUUGAGAAUCUGAAGAUGCUGAACCACGCCCCCAGUGUCCAGAUCCAUGAUGUCCCUUCUGACCUGCUGAGCUAUGACCGCCCGGAUGAGCCAGAUCCAGAGGAGCGGGGCUCCGAGGAGAACUACAGCAGGCCGGAGGCUCCCAAUGAAUUCUACGACGGUGACCACGAUAACGAUAAAGAGAGCGAUGUGGAGAUAUGAGUCCUGGAUCGUGGGAGUUUCCGGACUAUGUUGAGGCUCUCUGACUCAAUGCAAGCGCUCGAAGGAAGCAGCCGCUCUGCCCUUCCGUCCUGCAGGUUGCUCAAAGUGACGGCAGCGCAGCGUCAUUGCUGAAGUGUUCCAGGGCCUGCACACAAAAGGCAGUGAGAUUCCCCUCCCUCCACCUUUACAGCCCCGGUUUCCAAUGGGAUCCUGCCUCUGCUUGCGGGUACAGAAAUCCCUCAGAAUUCUAGGGCCAUAGCUUGCCGUGCAUUCAGUUUCAGGUCAUCUGGCGCUAUGAGCUCCUCCUCCUGUGCUGACCUUUCCAGGGGGACGUCUCCAUCUUCAACAGAUGUCUUUUGAUGCGGCACUGGCUUUUCCAUGUACACGUGCUUCUGCAGAAAGCUACAGUGGACAUUCUUUUCCUGCCAGGUAUCCAGCCGUCGAGUUCUCUGUUGGAGUGACUCGUACGGAGAAGAGAACCCGAACCAAGUGUCGGUGAAAGCUUUUACAGCCGGAAUCAACUGACUGCGGUGGGUUUUCUGGGCGGUGCGGCCACAGUCUGGGAGUCCACGCGGGUGGAACGUUAGGAGCAAAAACUACCAGACCACGGCCACACGGCCUGGAAAACCCACAACAGCCAGAACCAGAGCACUUUGGGUAACAAUCUGUUGGGCCUUAAUGAGCAUAUGAAGGGUUGAUUUGGGGUCUGACCCAAGAACGCGGGUUCAUUCUACACAUAGCUUUCAUCCCAGGUGGUCUUCCCUACGGUUGUUCCUCCCCUGGAAAAAAACUCAGGCGCUGAGAAAUCUUGUAUCCAUUUGGCUAUUGGAGGAGGCGGACCAUCUGACCAGGAUAGGACUCCUCCCUCCACCCUUUAAAAAAAAGUAUGCGUUGUCACACUAUAGACGAGGGUAUCAGCCUUGUACCCAAACCUGUAAACGAGAGAGGAUUUAAUUCUACAUGGGCAACCAGCUUUUAUGCCUUGCAUACGCUGCAGCUUCACUUUGCAACUCAAAUUGACGCCGGAUGCAUCCAUAAAGGCAGUCCACCGGCACCUGUGCUUACAGGCGAGGCGACAGGUGUGUGUGAAGUGGUUGACACCUACCACAGUUGUGGGGAUGCUGGCUCCGUUGUGUUUGUCCUCCUUUGCCCUACAGUUGUGCUUUUCCCAUUUGUGAACUUCUUCAAUGAAGGGGCAGCUUACUUCUGCAUCUGGGGUUCAUGGCCAAUCCCUUCACAGCACAGCCUUGUAGCAAAAGCCUGGAAUAUCUCCCUGGGUUCAUGGCAAAGGGAAACCCAAUUUCCCCCUUUAUGGAGCCAUCAUGGCCCUAGUUUUUGGCCUCUUGUUGGCCAUUCCAUGCUGCGUCUGCAGCUGAUGCCUGUCCAUUGGGGUUGCGAGGACGCCGUCAACAUUACAGCGGCAGAACAUCAGACGACCUUUUGUUCCUUGUGCUUGUAUUUUUACCAAUGUUUUGAAAUAUUAAACCACAGGAUGGUAUUUUUCUUA